GUCCCCUAUGGGCGCGAGAAGAUGGCAGCUACCAUUGCAGGACGAUUUUGCAAUAAGCUGCAGCAUAUAUAUAUAGGAUUUAAACAAUUACAGUGAGUUAUUUUGAAUAUCUUAGUAUUUUCUAUCGAAUGAAGGUUUUUAUUUAAUUGGCAAUUAAUUAUAUGCAUGAAACAAAAAUUUAUAAUAUGUCAUACUGUGUUACGUUGAAGAAACUGUUGAUUGUUUACACUUACACGGCUGGAGAAUAUGACAAUUUAAAAAACAUGGAGUAGCAAAUUUUUAAUUUGUCGAGACUUCGCAAGUAAUACUGAGUUCAGUAGUAAUAUAUUGGCAGGAAAAAUAUUUUUCAAGUUCCUGACUUGAAACAUUGAAGUUCCUUCAAUAGCUUGUGUGUUUAAUUUUUGAAGGUCAUAAAUCAGAAAUGAUAAAUUUCAUAAAUUGAGAUUUCAUAGUAGUAAGUAGAUCUAGUCCUAUACUACACUUAACUAUACUAUACUAUAUUACUAUAUACUAUAAUUAUAGUACUAUAGUAUAGUAUGGUCCAUGGUUCCUGCAUCCGUGAAAUUUAGAUUAAUUUACGUUUCGAGCACCACUCAUUCCCCAGUAAAAGUGCAAUUCAGGUUCGUAGAUUAUUUCUUAAUGAAUUUUUUAUUUUUGCAUGUAAUCUCACACAUAAUCUUGAAGUGUCUACAUGUCCGGUGACUAGACAAAUUACUCUCAAGAUAUUCGUCUGGCGACCAGGUCACAUGACCGCCAUACCAAAGUUGGGCCAGAUUGCAGGACGAUUUUGCAAUAAGCUUGUCACGUGACCGCUAAUAGUCGAUCAUAAAACUGGCGUCAGAGAUGGAGGCGACGAGUAAACACUCCAUUUCAAGAAAUAAGUUUGGGGGGGGGGGUGGAGAGCGAUUGCAUACUAGAAGGAAGAAAUACUGAGAUCGAGAGAGAAAGGAUAAAAAUGAUAGUGAGGGUGAUGAAUAAUUAAGGUGGGGGUGUCAAAAGUUCACAAAGAAAUAGACCCUACAUCUUAAUAUAGGGCCAAUAAAGUGUGCUGUUGGGGUAGCCUACUUUUCACUCAAUAUUAAUAGCCUAAAAUAAAACUUUUGUGACAGUAGAUCUAAUGACAGUCAAAUGCGAGGUAUUGGUCUUAUUUUCUUUGGUUCAUAUUUUAAAUUUAGGCUACUAGUACUAAGCAGAGCUUUAUAAGAUAUUUAAAGCAAGAUAACAGCCCUUUUUUAAAAUUUUGCCGGCGACCUCUUUUCACAUGACAUGUCUGCCGUAAAAAUAACCCAAAUCUCAGUCGUCCAGCGGUCACGUGACAUUCCCUCUUUCAAAACAUUGGCACCUCAUUGACUAUGUCAUGAUCAGGAGAAAGGGCAGUCAAGACGUGCAUGUAAAAAAAGUCUAUGUGUGAUGCAGACUGCUGGACAGAUCAUCGUCUUAUAAUCACCAAGCUCAACCUACACAUACAACCUAAAAGACGCCCACAGGGAAAGAACACCCCUAAACGUCUAAAUAUCACAAAGUUGAAAAGCCCCAACAUUAAGAAAUCUUUUGCGGAUGCCCUGAAAGAACGUAUGGAGUCCACACUAUUGGAAAAUGAUAACGUCGAAGCAAACUGGGCAUCACUUAGAUCGCCAUGGAGUUUCUGGGGCCAAGUUCAAAAAGACAUCAUGACUGUUUUGAUAACUGUGAAUUAAUCGAGCAACUGCUUGAGGAAAAACACUGUCUCCACCACGCUUCCCUAAACAACCCGAUGUCAGUCCCAAUGAAAGAUGCGUACCAAGUAUAAGAAGAACAAUGCAGCAGAGUCUAAUGCAGAAUAAAUGGUUGAGAGACAAGGCCGACGAGAUCCAAGGCUAUGCUGACCGACAUGACCUAAAAAAUUUCUACUCCGCUCUGAAAACAGUCUACAGCUCCACUUCAUCAGGAUCAUCCCCACUUCCAAACUUAACUGAAAGUAUAUCAGGCCGCUGUUCUCCCUGCUCUAAUCUAUCUCUGUGAAACGUGGACGGUAUACCUACGCCAUGCAAGAAUACUGAACCACUUUCAUACAACAUGACUCAGAAAAAUACUCAACAUUAAAGGGCAGGACAGAGUCCCAGUCACUGAGGUGCUCACACAGGCAGGUCUCCCCAGCAUCUUUACCAUCUUAAUGAAGUCCCAGUUUGCUGGGCGGGACAUGUUGUGAGACUGUCAGAUGACCGUCUGCUUUUCUAUGGUUAGCUCGAACAUUGGAAGCGAUCUGCUGGCAGGCAGAAGAAACGUUUUAAAGACAACAUAAAAGCCUCCUCACUGAAAGCGUUUGACAUAAACCUAGACACUUGGGAGGAUAAAGCAAAGGAUCGAACAUCAUGGCGUUCCACUUUACACAGGAGCUCCUUGAUGAAGGUAUUUUUUUUAUUGCGGCCAUAGUCAAUGAAGUUUUUGCUCUGAGAAUUACAAACUGGCAUUGAACAACUUUACUUAGUCAUGGAUCCGUCCCAUUAAGAGUACUUAAUUUGUGAAAACUUUAGAUACCGGUAUCUAAGACAUUGCUAAAUGAUUAUCCAUCUUAUUUUUUUUAACCUGAGGUAUCAUUUGAAACAAUUCAUCUGCUAUUUAUAUUAUUAAUCAAGGUACAAGGUUUCAAUUGUACUUUGGUUAAAUUGUCACUAUGCACACUUAAUCAUUUAAUUGUACAAAAUUGUACCUUAAAGGGUCAUAUAAACAAAAAAUGUUACAGGGAAUUUUUAUAAUGGGGUAAAGACUCUGUGACCUCCAUUAUUAGCAUCACCUCCUAGAAAAUGUAAAGUAAUUUCAUUGAAAUCUGCAAAUGUUUAUAAAGUUAGUCAAGUCGUGCCUAAUGACUUUGGGAUCAGCACUGAGAGAAGCUUAUUACUUUUUUUUUUUUUAAAUUCACUUUGUGAAAUAGCUUCUAAAGGUGACUUACAAAUUGUGGAAGUCAAUAAACUUUUUUAUUCACUGCAUGUUAGCGAUGAAGAAAAACAAAAAUAAAUAAAGAUAUUUUUAUUUUUUAUGCUUUUGUUAAGAUAUAAGUAAAGAUAUAAGGAACUUUUAAAACGUAAAGACAUUGGCUCCUCUUUAAAGCUCAUUCACUAAAUACUGAUUUUGCAUUACUAAUUAAUUAUUUCAUGUUGUUUAUAGUAUAGCCCCCUUGUACUACAUGACUCUUUUUCAAGGCCGAUAAGGAUUCCACAAUUUUAAAUCAUUUUUUUCCACAAUUUUAAAUCAUUUUUUUCCUAUAUAAUUUUUAACAAUUUUGGUUUCAAAACAAGAUCUUCUUCAGUUGCCCCCAUUAGCUUCAUAGCUCCCUUAAAUGUAUUGAGUAUUGUAAAACAUUAUGUGUAAGAUAACUUUAGUUAAUAACCUGCUUUCAUUCACUCUAUCAUAUAAUAUAAGUAUUUUUUGCACCUUUUUCACUAUUAGUGGCCUAACUUUUAAUUUUGUGUCUUUCAGGCUGAAAAAUGUUCAACUUAACUCUGCCAGUUUCCAGCUCUCAUCCAAUAAAAAUCAGUGUAUUAGACUUUUAUCUCAUGCAUCCAUGCUUUGUACACAAAGUAGUAAUGAAGGCUCGCAGCCAGUCUUAAACCAAAAGCCCAAGUACCCACCAAAUGUGUUUUUCUUGUUUUUGCAGAAAAUUGCACCACAACUCAAAAAAGAAAAUCCAGGUAUGGAAAUUAACAUUUUAUUGUUUAUUAUUUUCAUGUUGUUCAAAAAUUAUUUCACUUUAAUACUUUAUACUUAAAUCUAGUCUGAGUCUAAUUAAUUGCAACAGACAUGAAUUUGUUAUUUUUCAUUCAUUGUACAUAUUUUUUUUCAGUCUUGAAAGUCAUUGUUUGAGUUUUUCAUAAUUCCAUAAAAUUAGUCUGUAGCAAGACUUUCGUCAAAUAAUUGUGCGGUAUGAGUAAGUGUUGAGUUCUUGAAUGUGAGUUGUAAUUUUGAACAGUCUUGGCUUUUUUGUUUGAAAGGAGUUCUCAGUUUUUGUUUCAAGAUCAUGGACACUACUUACGUCUUAAGCUGAUUUGUCUUAUGAAAUUCCUAUAAACAAUCUAGGAUAUACAAAAAGUGUUAUACUAGGGGAAUUAUAGCAUUCAAUUUCUAUUUUUUUUAGAUGAGGUCAAGCAAGAGAAUAAGAAAGAUUACGCUCAUAUACACAACUAUAAGUAAAUUGUCAAUUUACUGACUAAAUCAGCCCACAUUAAUCCAUGCCAAGUAAUUGGUCGCUGAUUAAAUAUAUAUUGUGCAUUAAAAUGUGUUUUGAAAUUAAUUGAAGAAUUUUUAAUAAUAGUUCAAAUAUACAAUAUAUCACAAUGAUGGAGUUACUACCUAAGUUAUGGAUAGUAAAUUUAAAUUAUUAUUAUUAUGAGAAAAUAAGCCUUUGAUUGCCAGCAUGAAAGGCGAUAAGUUGAAUAGACCCGUAAAGGGUUUGUGGUGGUGUUUAUGAGGGUGUCAAUUACAUCAGAGCCAAAAAUUGUCCAACUAUUAACACAAUAGCUAGCCAGUGAAGCAGCAAUUAAAAAUGACACCAUUUAUUGAUAAAUGGAACAUAAAUGAAAGUUGCUGUACUGUAGAUUCCUUCUUUUUUUUUUCUCCAAACUGAUGAACUAUUUACCUAGGUAUGAUUUGGUAGUUAAACUAGUUUAAAGCUCUUUGUGUUUAAAAAAAUCUUAAUUUUGAUACCAGAACUACCACAAAAAAUGUUCACUCACACACUCUCACACACACCCUGUUUGUCCAUUUUGCUUUCUAUAUAAACCAAGAGAGAUAGAUUGCAAAUGUGUUUGAGGGAUUACCAUUGUUAACUUUUUUGUUUAAUUUAAUCCAUCAGAUGUGAAACGUAAAGACCUAGUCAGCCAAGCUGCCAAAAUGUGGAAUGAAUUGAAUCCAGAAGAAAAGUCGGUUAGUAAUGCAAUAAUUUUUACAGCAUUUACACCUAUUUAAUGACAAGACAUUUACAGCUUAAUAAACCAUUGCACUUUUUUUUUUUUUAAAUUCAUUUCAACACAGAUAUUUCUUUAAAAUACUGAUUACUUUCAAGAUGUUUUGUUUGUUUUUAAAAAUAACUGUACAUUUUGACCACAGCAUUUGGCUAUGGAAAGAAGAGAACAUUUUGAAAAGUACAAGGAAGAUCUUAAAGUGUACCUAGAAAACAUCACUCCAGAACAAAUAACUAAAAUAGAAUCCAAGAAAAUACAGACAGCUGCACAGAAAAAAAGGAAGGUGAGUGGUUACAACAUUUUAUUUAUCUGUGGUUAAUAAAAAAAAUAAUUCAGAAUUUGUUUUUAUUUUUUAAAGCUUAGGCAGUUUAGAUUUAACAGGCUCACUUAUAGUUAUAAAAAUUGAUCAUGUAUUAUUGCCGUUAGGUGGAACCAGUGGAUAGUUUGCACCCGUAGUUUGGGGUUGUCAACGUGGGUACUUGCAGUUGCCUCUCAGAUAUGUUACCCUUAUGGCCUUUUUUUAGCGUAAAUAUAAAAAUUGUUAAACAGACAUCUCAAAAUCAUUUCCAUAACAAGUUGAAACUGAAAAACAAUUGUUAUAAAUCUAUGUGAUUUUUAAUAAACAUUUUUUUUUUAAAGCAUAAGCAAGAGCAAAGGAGAAAACAAUUCUCAGACUUUACAUAUGAAUGACUAAUCCAUACUGAAUAACAACAAGCGACAUUGAUGUGGAGUGGAUAGAUCGCACCCCUUAUUUUAAUCAAAAAAUUUUAUUAAAAAGUGUGACCUUUAUGCUAGUAUGUACAUUAAUUUUUAUAUAUAAUGAUGUUUACAACUCUCGCUGGUAUAGCCUGCCUAAACUAAUGGGGCAAGUUUGUUGCAGAUAACUGUAAUAUAGUAAAAAAAAAAAAAAAAAAAAAAAUAAAAAAAAAGGGGAAAAUUUUUUAAAAAAAAAAAAAAAAAAAAAAAAAAAAAAAAAAAAAAAAAAAAUUAAAAAAAAUUGUUACUAGCCAUAUCUUUUUAAUUAACUGUGCCAAGAAAACUUUCAUGUUUUUAGUUUAGGCACAUAGGUAUUGUACUUAUCAUUUAACUUUUAUUUUACUUACUCUAAUGUCAUCCCAAAAAUAUUGGUACUUUCUUCUAAGACUUUGUUUUAUAUAACAAUCUACUGCCAUUUUUUUUUUUCUAAUUAUAAUUUAUUAUACAUCAUAAAAAGGAAAGACGAGCCUUUGGCAUGCCACGCAAGCCUGUUGGUGCCUUCAGUGUCUUUGUUGCCGAAAAUUUUUCUCAACGAACUGAUAAUGUUCCUGUUUCAGUGAGUGUUCCAAGUUUUUUUUUAAUAGUAAUUAUAAUUGUAGUCACCAAAUUUUGUGACAUUUCUCAGAUAUCAUAUUUAUGUUCUUGUUAAUUACUUAAUAACUAUUUUUAUUUUCUUACACAAAUUGCUGUUUUAUAAGCAAGUUAUUAUCAUUUACAAUGUCACUAUCUUGAGAAAGUAAAACUUGAAAUGCUGCAUUCUCUCAUUAAAUAGAAACAGAAUGCUUUAAUUCCCCCUUAACUAUCUUCAGGAUAUUGGAAUGUAUAUAUUUUUUUUAAACAUUUCUUUAAAGUUUAAAUUAUUGCUACAUCUAUACUAUAACUCAGUGUUAAAUAUAUAUUUUACUGGUAGUUGAUCUUUAUAUCAUGCACAAUUUUUUUUAUUCAGAUUUAUUGAUCUUAAACUUUUUCAUUAAUCAUCUCUUUUGUUAUUUAAAACAGAUACAUUUCAAAACACUGUUAAAUCACUGGAAUCAAAUGAGUGAUGCAGAAAAGGAUGUAAGUUACUUUCUUUAAUGACGUACAAAGAUACAUUAAACUGAUAAUAUAACUGCCGGUUAAUUUGAGCUCUUACCUAGUACUGAGCAGAUCCUAGCUUUAUAUGUCCAUAUUUUUUAUUCAGAAAGAAGAAAAGUUUUGUCAAAUUUUAAAAAUAUAUAGGCUUCAUAUGUUUAUAAUGACAUUUGAGAACUCAUGCACAUAUUAUUUCAGAUGGCUGAAUUAGUUUUUAUCCAUAUUUAUAAGCAAUCAACGUUUUUGCCUUCUCUGUGACUUAUCACAUAUUUCCAAGUAUAAUGCGAAAUAGGUAUGGUAAAAAUGCUUCUUACAGUUUGGUAGUUGCAUUUUAUGCGCAUUUAAGCAAUUUUUAUUAAAACAAUAUGCUAUGCCUUGCAACCAAAUCUACUUGUACAACUAAUAUUGGCAACUGAGCUUGGAUCAUAUCUGCACAUAACGCCACUAAUGUAAGUAGCGCCCCCUUUUCAGAAUAUUACCAGUUAUAAUAGUAUAAUCACAGGUCAUUUUAAAAACUAUGAUAAUUUAAAGGUUUUGAUAUUUUUAUUUUAAAACUAGCCAAUAUACCCAGUUCCGCUCGGGUUUGUAUUCAUAAAAAAAAUCUUCCGCCCUAUCAGUGUACUUGUAAAUUUAGGAUCCUGUCAAAAACACUUUGCUAAAAUACCAAUUAAAAUUAAACAUUUUCUCGUAUAAAAAGACAUAUUUAUAACUUGUAAACAUUGAAUUUGGGGCCAAACCCCUUUUCAUUUAAUAUUCACGCUCGGCACAGCACAAAAACAUGAUUUAAAGAUAAAUAUAAAAGAUGUCUUAUUUAAAAAGUAAUUCACAAAUGUCAAAGUUAUGGCCUUUAUCAAUUACAAUAAAAUAGGAUCCCCAGCAGGAAUCCAUUCCAAAAGGGGCCAUUUUAGUUAUCCCAAUAAUAGGGGCACUAUAAAAGUCAUUCAGAUAAAUAUUCAGGUUAAUUUUUCAAAUUUAUUCCAUUUAAAUCGAAAUUAAUUAAUUGAAUUUGCAAAGAUUUUGCCUUUUAUUUUACUUUUAAAAUUUACUAUUGGGCCCAUUAUAUGUGGGCGUGGCAUUUUAGGAAUUUCUUCCAAACAAAAAGGGAGUUCCCAUUUUAUGGGGAUUAUAUUAUACUCUGUAAUAUAUGGUACAUGCAAUGUCAGAACUGUUUGUGAUGUAUAUGUGACAUCUAGAAAAUUAAUAAAGUGGAUUCAAAAAAAAGAGAAGGUUUAUGAUUUUCCCCAUCUGUUUUUCUGGUUUAUCUUGUCAGGUAUUUAGACACACUGUUUUUAGAUAUAAUCCUAAUUUGCUUGUAUAACUGAUAAUUAAAUAUAAAUAUAUUUUAUGCAUGUUAUUUCAGCCUUACAUAAAAAAGACUAAAGAGCUAAAAGCCAAAUACCAAGAAGACAUAGCUAAAUGGGAAAAGGAGAUGAUUCAGGUUGGCCGUUUUCAUUUGGUCAGGAAGACAACCCUAACUCAGUUAGCAAAAAACCCAAACAGAAAUAAGAAGCAGAAACAAGUUGGAUUUGCACCUGAUGUAAAAGAUCAUUGAGGUUGUUACAGACUUUUGGUGAAUGAUUUAAAUAUGGCUUUGGUAUUUCUUAGAGAGUGGAAUACACAGAGACUGAUGGGUUUCAUAAAGACAAGUAUUGCUUGCCAAUUGUAUUUAAAGAAGGGUCUAUGAUGCAUUACACUUAAUCUGAAAGAUUUGCAAAACUCUUUGGCGUUGACCCCUGCAAUUGUUUCAUGAUGGGGUUAAGAAAUUUCUGGGUGCUGACUUGUUCCUAUUUAAUACUGGUAAUAAGGGGAGAGACUACAAUCAGGUUAGUACAAAAUAAAAUUAUUAGUAAAACAGAGUAUGGUUAAACCUGAAAAAUUAAACGCAACAAAACAGCGAACGUGUCGGCAGAAAGCCUUCGUCAGCGAAC